CCACCUCUUCGUCAUCAACCUUCAGCCUACUGUCUGCUUUCGUCCCCGCUCAAACAUCAGCAUUCCUUCCAUCAGAUGUCGACUUCCGCUGCAGAAGUGUCAAUCCCCGACACCCGGAUUCAAGAAGCUCUUGACGCUCUCGACGCCCAGAACUCCCUCCUCGACACCUGCACUCUUCUAUAUAAAAACCUCUCUUCUCAGUUCUCUUCUCUCGAGAACUCCCUCCAGCAAAAAUCCGAAACCCUAGAAUCCAACUUCCAAACUCUAGAAUCCAAAUCCGCCCAACUAGAAACCCUAGCUGCCCGCGAGCAAUCCAUUCCCUGCCGAGAAUCCGCCGCAGCCGCCCGCGUCGAGAAGCAGAAGCAAUCCGCCCUCGCCGAAUUUGAAAAGCCCCCCGCCACCACUGCCCCUGAAGGAAAUGACGAAUUGGUCGAAGCUCUCCGGUCCUACUGCCGGAAGAUGGAUUCGAGCGGUCUGCGGAAAUUCGUGGUUUCGAAGCGGUUGGAUGUAUCGGUUCUGAGGGAAGUGCUUGGCCCGGCUUUGAUCGAGGAAGCUGUGGACCCCGCGCGGUUGGUGCUGGAUGCCUUUGAGGAGUUUGUGUCGCAGAAGGUUGUGGUUGCGGAGCAGCGGUGGGCGUGCGGGGUGCUACUGCGGGCGUUGCUGUUUCUGGAGGUGGAUUCGAGUGGUAAGUUGGGGCUGGUGGGUGGCGGUGUUUCUCGGAGCAUUGAGGAGAAGGCAGCUGCAGUUUUGGAGGCUUGGAGGAGGAAGAUGGAUGGGAAGGAAGGGGGAGCAGGAGGGAUGGGGGCUGCAGAGGCACAGAUGUUUCUGUACAUGGUGGUGGGGUUUGGACUGCGGUCGAGGUAUGAAGAGGAGUUUUUGAGGAAGUUGGUCUUGAAGUUUCCUUCAAGGAGGGAUAUGGCAAAGCUCACUGUUGCAUUAGGGUUUCAGGAGAAAAUGGGAGAUAUCAUUGAUGAAUUGGUCAAGAAUGGGAAGCAGCUCGAGGCUGUGUAUUUUGCUCAGGAGUCUGGUUUGUCAGAACGAUUUCCUCCUCUCCCUCUGCUUAGGUCCUUUUUCAAUAACAUGAAGAAGAUUACAAGUACUAUAUUGAAGAAAGGCCGUUACUGCACAAUUUCUUGGGAGAGCGCUGACAAUGUAGAGUUGAACUCUCUCAGAUCCCUCAUCAAAUGUGUUGAAGAUAACAAGCUCGAGUCCGACUUCCCCAUUGAGGACCUAAAGAAACGUUUCGCCCAAUUGGAGAAAGAAAAGGCGGACAGAAAGAUGAAUCCAACCACUGGCAAGUCUAAGAACAAGCGGGCCCUAGGGAGCAGUGACACUGCUGCUGCCGCGGCCUUUCCUCCUUCCAAAGCAGGCAGGUUCUCGGUCUACCGUGAGGCUCCUGGCCGUCCAAACCCAGGUGCUGCUUAUCCUGGCUCAUACAAUUAUCAUAAUCAGAGAGUUUAUGAGGCGCCUGCCGCUGCUCCAUAUGGGUCAUCUUACGGUGGAUCUCAUGGUCAGAGCCCUGCGGCUGCUGCUACAUAUGGGUUGUCUUAUGGUGGAUCUCAUGGCCAGAGCCCUGCGGCCGCUGCUACAUAUGGGUCGUCUUACGGUGGAUCUCAUGGUCAGAGCCCUGCGGCUGCUGCUAAAUAUGGGUCGUCUUAUGGUGGAUCUCAUGGUCAGAGCCCUGCAGCUGCUGCUACAUAUGGGUCGUCUUAUGGUGGAUCUCAUGGUCAGAGCCCUGCGGCCGCUGUUACAUAUGGGUCAUCUUAUGGUGGAUCUCAUGGUCAGAACCCUGCGGCUGCUGUUACAUAUGGGUCAUCUUAUGGUGGAUCUCAUGGUCAGAACCCUGCGGCACUACCUCAACAUUACUCGCACAUGCCCAGUGAUGUGGGUGGGGCCAGGGCAAGUGGAUCUUAUAGCGGUCCUGCCAGCUACGUAGGACACAACUUUGACACCACUGGUUUACCGCCCCCUCAGCAGCCCUCGUAUCCUCAUUAAUUAAAAAAUAAAAAAGAAAAAAGAAACAAGGAUAGUUUUGGUAGGAUGGAUUGUUUCAACUGGCUUUACCCUUUUGUGUUCCCCUGUGAGGUUGUCAUUUUCAUUUAGCGAAGCUGGUUUUUCAGAAGGGAAGCCGAAAAGGGGAAAGAGGCAGAGGGAUUUUGUCAUCUUAAAAUUGGCCGGGGGAAAUGGCAUGAUUUAGGUUAGUAGAUGAUUCAGUUGCCAUCUUGGAACUUGCUCUGAUCAAUGAGCUGAGGAGCGGAUCUCCAGGUGUUGUUCAUGUUUGUGGGUAUACAUGUAAGUUAGUCAUUGACAUAGUUUUCUCUUUAGGAUUGAUGAGUAGUAGUAACCUUAGUUUUAGCAAAAGCGGCAUAUGGCAGAUAAUCGGUGCAGGAAAUAUGUCAGUGUUUAAUUCGGUUUGGAAGGUUACGAAAUAUAGGAAAGUCCCAAAAUUCAAAGAAUGGAAAGUUCAUUUUUUAGAACGGCUUGGACUGUGGACGGAGUGGAUAAUUGGCUUUGUAUGUGCAUAUAUGUAUGAAAGGGAAAACUUUCAUAAUCAUUAUCAUGUAAGCUUUAUACUAAUUAAUUGGGGUUGGUUACAUGAAUUUUAUUCGGCUGCUCCA